CAUGCUGCAAGUAGUCAACACAACACUGAACAGGAGGAGAGUACUGUGUAACAUUCCAACAUUACUAGCAGCUGAAAUAGAACAAGGGAUGCCUUACCAAGACAGGCUGAGAAGCAACUGGUGUGACAUCAUAGAAAAUUUGGAAGAUUCUGGUGUCAUCGAUUACUUGUACCAGGAACAUGUCCUCAGCAGUCGUCAGAUGAAUGAGGUCAAAGACAAGAGUGUGAGGCAAGAGAGAAAUGGAAAGCUGCUUGGAAUACUGAUGACAGCUGGGGAGAGAGGAUAUCAUAAAUUCUGUGAUGCACUGCGUCAGAGUGAAGGGUCUGCAUGGUUGGAGGAGCGUUUAAAUAACACUUAGAAAUUCUAAAAAUAAUUCAUAAACCACAACCUAAUAAUUUUGUCUUAUAUUUAUAGAUCAUAUAUUUAUUGAAAUAAAA